AUGGAGGCGAAAGGAGGAAGCUUUGAGAGAGAGUUCGAGACCCUCAUGGCGACGGAGCUCACGCUGGGGCCGCCGGGGAUGGCGGAGAAAGCGGCGGCGUGGUAAUCACCUCCUCCUUUCACACAUUUCCGUCAAUCAUGCAUCCUAGAAGCAUAUUUCUUACGUGAGAAUCGAUCGCGCGAGCAGUUGCAGUGAAGACGAAAUGGGUUGGUCGCCGGUGACAUCCUACCGGAAGCGCAGUCUCCGGCGGGAGGGGGCGGCGCCGGCGGCGGCGGCGGCUGGGUACGUGAAGGUCGCCAUGGAAGGAGCUCCCUACCUGAGGAAGGUUGACUUGGGGGUUUACAGAGGGUACGGCGAGCUCAGGGAAGCUCUGGAGAGCAUGUUCGAGUGCUUCUCCGGCGGUGGCGCCGCCGGGUGGAACCAGGACGGCGGCUACGCGAUCACCUACGAGAAGGGGGACGGCAGCGGCGCUGUGGUGGCGGGGGACGUCCCGUGGGAGUAGGAAACUCCUCCCCUUUCUUUUCUUUUGUUUGCCUUUACGGAGGGAUUUGGAGUCUUCGUUAUUGGUCAUUGACGGAGGGUUCUUCCUCUUCGUCUGUGCGUGGUGCAGGAUGUUUGCUUCCUCCUGCAAGAGGUUGAGGAUAACGAAGGCCCAUCGGGUCCUCCAGGGAGAGAAAGAGCGAGAGACGAGAGCGAUGAUCCGGUGGUGA